UUCUCGGCAACCAAACAAGGGGGCAAAAUCGAGAAUCACUCCGAUCAAACUCCACGCUGAGUUCUCCUUCGGAACUUGGGAAUCGUCUUUGUACAUGCGUUCUGCUAGUUUCAGUUUCAAGUAGAACGGAGAAGGACAACUAAUCGCCGGCUGUCAGUCUCCGAACAAAAAUGUCCGGCGAGAAUGUUCCUCCUCUCAUCGCCGCUCAGCUCAAUUACCUCCUCACCCAUUUCCCAAGCACCGUCAAGAUUGAGCAGAUGUGGUCUGGUAGCAAACACUACCCCGGAAUUCUUGAUCGGUUCACUUUAGCCAUUCCCUAUUGCCUAGACUUUCUGAAAUUUCGAUAUCUAUUAGGGGAUGUUAUAUACGAUUCCGAGUCUCCGUUUUCUGCUCCGGAUGUUAUUUUCGGAGCCGAAGAUGAAACCUUCGAUUCAUUUCUUCUUACCGGCGGUGAAGGAGGGUACCUGAAGUCUCCAAAGAACUGUUUGAGCGAUUGGAAUAGCAAAGACCCUACGCGGUUAAUGCUUCUCGUUCAACAACUCAGGGAUCAAUACAUGUCCUACCAGAGGAGGCGUGUUGGGGAAGUCGACGACGAUCGAUUGAUAUUCGAAAUUAGCACAAUUUUAUCUAGAGAGGGAAUUGAAAUGCAUUUGAUUUCUGGUAAUGAAAAGCCGGAGGAGGUCAAAUUUGCAGUACCUCUAAUGGACAUGGACAUAAAUAAGAAGAUUCCUGUGUGCCCAUGGAGACAUCCGCAGAAGAUUUUCUUGCAGGUUAUAUAUCCUGUUGGAAAAAAAUAUGCUUCUACUCUUUCAGCUCCUCGGCUGAAAUUAAUUUCCUCUUCAGAGUUGAAGGCACUUUUUUCCAUAGAAGAUGUCAAGCUUCCUUCAUGGGUUGAUGGAAUGUGCAUGGCAGAAUAUCUUCCCCAUCUGGAAGAAUCUCUCGAGAAACAGGUAUUGGAAGCAAUUAGCUUAGUCGAUGUUAGAAGGCGCUUUAUUGAGGCAUUGGCCCCUUUGUUUGGAAGACCAUUAGAAGCUGAUCCAGUCUUCUGCAGAAGGGCAACGGUUCUUGCUGCCACUGGAGUAUUCACAUUCAUGGUUCACUUCUUUAUUCCAAUUCAGUUUCCUAGGCAGCAGCCGGCUCUGAUGCUUCAAAGUUCCCAGCAUUUCAACUCCCAAGGGGCACUGAUUAAGUCCAAUCAUCUGACCGAAUAUCCUUGGAGUCCCAGAUGGGAACUGUCACAAAUGGCCGAGCGGAUUUUUGAAUUUUUGGCGGAUGAGGCUCUGAACUUCAAGAGAUACUGCAAUGAGGCCCAACUCCAACACAAAUGUUGUGUCCUUCGCGCCCCAGCUGUGUAAAGAUCUGCACCAUGGAAACUCUUCCGUUUGGUUCUUGGAUAGAAUCAUGGAUCAAAAUGGUCGUCUUUUUGCAUUGGUUCUGGUUCUUUGAUAUGCUAGUUUUAGAUUCUGGAUUGCCUGGUCAGUCCCCGUAGUUAAAGAAAUUAGAUGAAAGCGCAGCAAUAGAGUCCAGAGCAGCAUAUAUACUGUUCAGAUGAACAAUUUGUUUUCAAGAAUUCUUUCAUUGUCUCCGGUAGUGGCAAGAAAAGGAAAAGUGGUUGUUAAUAUUUAUGCAAACAAAGUAACAAGCUACUGUUAUUUAAGACCCAAGUUCAAAAUGGGUUUAUUUCCCCCGUCUCUAUUUCUAGACCAUGAUAAGGUCCAAGGGACUGUUUGCAUUUGACAACAAAGUAGAUAAA